AUUCCGGCGUCCGCGUCGUUUGGAGCCGCGACGCUGAACAUGGCGCGUUCCUAGAAGCCGCUUUCGGCAUCAGUAGGCGGCGGCGUGUAGAUUGGAAGCGUGGGGCGCGGGACCAACCGACUUCGCUUCGUGUUGGGGAGUGGAAGCGGGAGAGCUGGGCUAUUCCGGACCGAACCAAACGGUUUCCAUGGAUCUCAAUAGUGCCAGCACUGUUGUUCUUCAGGUCUUAACACAGGCCACCAGUCAGGAUACCGCUGUGUUAAAACCAGCAGAGGAGCAGUUGAAACAGUGGGAGACACAGCCAGGUUUCUAUUCAGUGUUGCUGAAUAUUUUCACAAACCACACUCUGGAUAUAAAUGUAAGGUGGCUUGCUGUGCUGUAUUUUAAGAAUGGAAUUGAUCGUUACUGGAGACGUGUAGCGCCUCAUGCUCUCUCAGAGGAGGAGAAAUCUACUUUGCGUGCAGGGCUAAUCACCAACUUCAAUGAACCAGUAAACCAGAUUGCAACUCAGAUUGCAGUGCUGAUUGCAAAAGUUGCUCGAUUGGACUGUCCUAGACAGUGGCCUGAACUUAUUCCCACUCUUAUAGAAUCUGUGAAAGUCCAAGAUGAUCUUCGACAGCACAGAGCAUUACUUACCUUCUAUCAUGUUACCAAGACUCUGGCUUCCAAACGUCUGGCUGCUGAUAGGAAAUUGUUUUAUGAUCUCUAUUUUGAAGGGGGUGGGUCAGAGAACUUUAUAUCUCAUCAGAACCCAGGAAGUGAGGAGUUAGCAUCUGGAAUUUAUAAUUUUGCCUGCUCUCUGUGGAAUCACCAUACAGACACAUUCCUUCAACACGUUUCUUCUGGCGGUGAAGCUGCAGUUCUAAGUUCACUAGAACGAACUCUGCUGUCAUUGAAAGUGCUGCGUAAAUUAACUGUUAAUGGAUUUGUGGAACCUCAUAAGAAUAUGGAGGUGAUGGGUUUUUUACAUGGAAUAUUUGACCGUCUGAAGCAAUUUCUGGAAUGCAGUAGAAAUAUAGGUACAGAUAACGUUUGUAGAGAUAGAUUGGAAAAGACCAUCAUUCUUUUUACUAAAGUGCUUUUGGACUUCUUGGAUCAGCAUCCGUUUUCAUUUACUCCUCUAAUUCAGAGAUCACUGGAAUUUUCUGUAAGCUAUGUAUUUACGGAAGUUGGUGAAGGCGUUACAUUCGAACGAUUCAUUGUUCAAUGCAUGAAUCUUAUUAAGAUGAUUGUUAAAAAUUAUGCUUAUAAGCCAUCCAAAAAUUUUGAAGAUAGCAGCCCUGAAACUCUAGAAGCUCAUAAGAUUAAGAUGGCAUUCUUCACAUAUCCCACUUUGACAGAGAUGUGUAGAAGAUUAGUCUCUCAUUAUUUUCUGCUAACUGAAGAGGAACUGACAAUGUGGGAAGAAGACCCAGAAGGCUUUACAGUGGAAGAAACAGGAGGAGAUUCUUGGAAAUACAGUUUGAGGCCUUGCACUGAAGUACUAUUUAUAGAUAUAUUCCAUGAAUAUAAUCAGACUCUUACUCCUGUACUUCUAGAAAUGAUGCAGACACUUCAAGGACCCACUAAUGUGGAAGAUAUGAAUGCACUAUUAAUCAAAGAUGCUGUGUAUAAUGCUGUUGGAUUAGCGGCUUAUGAGCUGUUUGACAGUGUUGAUUUUGAUCAGUGGUUUAAAAACCAACUUCUUCCAGAAUUACAAGUCAUUCAUAAUAGGUAUAAGCCAUUGCGACGCAGGGUGAUUUGGCUCAUCGGUCAGUGGAUUUCUGUGAAAUUCAAGUCUGACUUAAGACCCAUGUUAUAUGAGGCAAUUUGUAAUUUGCUUCAAGAUCAAGACUUAGUGGUCCGUAUUGAAACAGCUACAACACUGAAGUUAACUGUUGAUGAUUUUGAAUUUAGAACUGAUCAGUUUCUACCGUAUUUGGAAACCAUGUUCACACUACUUUUUCAGCUACUGCAGCAAGUUACAGAAUGUGACACAAAGAUGCAUGUUUUGCAUGUCCUUUCUUGUGUGAUUGAAAGAGUCAACAUACAGAUACGACCAUAUGUAGGAUGUCUGGUACAGUAUUUGCCUCUUCUUUGGAAGCAGAGUGAAGAGCACAAUAUGUUGAGAUGUGCUAUUCUGACAACACUUAUUCAUCUUGUUCAGGGAUUAGGAGCAGACAGCAAGAACCUGUACCCUUUCCUGCUCCCAGUUAUUCAACUGAGUACAGAUGUUUCCCAGCCUCCACAUGUUUAUCUUCUGGAAGAUGGUUUAGAAUUAUGGUUAGUGACUUUGGAAAACAGCCCAAGUGUUACACCAGAGUUGCUUCGUAUAUUUCAGAAUAUGUCCCCACUUCUUGAACUAAGUUCAGAAAAUCUCAGAACCUGCUUUAAGAUCAUCAAUGGUUAUAUCUUUUUAUCAUCAACAGAAUUUCUACAGACAUAUGCAGUGGGUCUCUGUCAGUCGUUUUGUGAGCUGCUAAAGGAAAUUACUACAGAAGGUCAAGUUCAAGUACUCAAGGUUGUGGAAAAUGCCCUUAAAGUGAACCCGGUAUUAGGUGCACAAAUGUUUCAACCGAUUCUACCCUGUGUUUUCAGAGGUAUUAUAGAAGGAGAGAGGUAUCCUGUCGUGAUGUCAACAUACCUUGGAGUUAUGGGUCGAGUCCUGCUACAAAACACUAGUUUUUUUUCUUCACUUCUUAAUGAGAUGGCACAUAAAUUUAAUCAGGAGAUGGACCAGCUUUUGGGAAAUAUGAUUGAAAUGUGGGUUGAUCGCAUGGACAACAUUACACAGCCUGAAAGAAGAAAACUUUCAGCUUUGGCUUUGCUUUCUCUUCUGCCAUCUGAUAAUAGUGUCAUCCAGGAUAAAUUCUGUGGGAUUAUAAACAUCUCAGUGGAAGGCCUACAUGAUGUCAUGACAGAAGAUCCUGAAACAGGAACUUAUAAAGACUGUAUGUUAAUGUCUCAUCUUGAAGAACCAAAAGUUACAGAGGAUGAAGAACCACCCACAGAACAGGAUAAGAGAAAAAAGAUGCUUUCCUUCCAUAAGAGACUAAUGCUUUUAAUCUUUGUAUGACUGAUGAAGAUAUGCCAUAUCUGGUGGGUACUAAUAUUAUAAUACUUUUCCUUUUUAUUAAUCUGUUGAAAAUUAAAGGGUGGAGAUUUGAUAAAUUAACUGUUUGCAGUUGUUUAUAGCAAAUUGAAACAGUGUUUAAACCACUCUGCUAAGCUCAUUUCAGUAGUUGGAGUCCCUUGUUUGAACAUCAAUUUCAAGCUCAGUUCUGUUUCUCUCAUAUUGUAGCAGAUGGUUUUAGUUACAGAUAAUUCAUGAUAUUUCAACGAAGUGCACAUCCCCUUUAGCAAGAGAUCUAUUUCACUUUAAUUAAAAUAAUACUAAACAUUACUGCGUUUUGCUUAAGAGAGCAAAUAUUUGGAAAAGUUCAUCCUCAGUUUUUGUGCAUCUUGUACAGUGAUAUCUUCAGUCUUGUGAAGGCAGGGCUUUGUGUUUGCAGUUCUUCUUAGUGUUCCCUCUCCUGUCCACUUUCAGUGAGGAUUGAAUUCAUCCUUGCCUUGGAUUUAUCAUAUAACUCUGGAUUGGUCACCUAAGGGGUUUAAUUUCAAAUUCAUGCCAUCUUUGUCUCUGCCUCUCAGUUUUAUUUUCCAUUUAUGGGCAUUAUUUUAAAAUUUCUUUACGUUGCUCAAACAGCAGAUAUGAUCCAACCACUUCAUCUACCUAAAAUUAAAUUGAAAAUCAGUAAGGAAAAAGAAUUUCUGUGCAGCCAUAUUGGGCACACAAGCUCAUGUUCUUUACUUAAGCCUUGCAGAUGUCCACCUUUAUUGAUGAUGAGAGAAAUGUACAGCUUCAAGUAGGGUGUGUUAUUUUUCACUUCUUAAAUUAUAAAGAAUUUAGGGGGCGCCUGGGUGACUCAGUCCGUUAAGCGUUUGCCUUCGGCUCCGGUCAUGAUCCCAGGGUCCUGGGAUCGAGCCCCGCAUCGGGCUCCCUGCUCCGCGGGAAGCCUGCUUCUCCCUCUCCCUCUCCCUCUCCCCCUGCUUGUGUUCCCUCUGUCGCUGUGUCUCUCUGUCAAAUAAAUAAAUAAAAUCUUAAAAUUAUAAAGAAUUUAAAUAAUGGUAAUACCAGUGUUAAAAACAAUGUCACCAUUUGAAAACUCUCAUACCUUUUAAAUUUGUACUAACCAUAGGAAAAACAACUUGAUAAUAUGUAUCCGGAAUCAUAAAAUUGUCUGUGUCUUUUAGUAAAUUCUUCUAAAGUAGAGCUAGGUGUAAGGAAAUAAUCUGAAAUGUAGAGAACAGCACUUGUGAGGGAUUAUUUGGCAAUAUUAGAAUUGUAUUUAUACCACGAUUAUUUCAACAUGCCUCUAACAAAAAAUUAUGACAUGAAUAGAUACAGAAUUCUUCAAAUGUGUUGGAGUGGAGUUUUUGUGUGAUAGUAUAAAUUCAAAGAGCAGCACUAAUUGUGUCUCUAUAUGUGGCGCACGCGCAGAGAAGACAGGAGGCCACGGUGUUUUCUGUUUUGAUCGUUAUCAUUAGGAAAUGGAAUGGUGGGUUCCUUUUCGUUUUAUUUCUUUGGAUUUCCAAAUAUCCUAGGGGGAGAAGAGGAGUACGUGUUUGUUGUUUUUUUUUUUUUAAUCUGUUUUUCUUGAUUCUUUUUCUUUCUCUUUUUCUCUUAACCGGAAGCAUACAUGUGAAUGUCAGUAGCUUGGCAGCGCAGGAGAGGGCAGUGUCUCCUCUUGUCCGUCCUGAGGGCCUCCCUGAGCUGCCCCAGGAGCACCUGAUCUGCCUAGGAGGAACCCAGAC